ACUCGCCUCCGGCCUCCCGCACUCGCGUCCGAGCCUUCGUCGUAGUCGCACGAUAUGGCGAACGCGCCCUGAACACACGACAUCCGUAAAACGCGUGUGCUGUGACAUUGCCCAAACGUGGACUCACUCAUCACUAGCGUCAAGACAAUGUAUCGAUCAAAAGGCGGCAUGGGGUCGUCAAGAUAUUGCUUAAGUUUGUUUGUGGCGUUGCAUAUCACUCUCUCUGAUGCCGGUCCCGUGGGCCCAUUGCCAAAUGUGACAAGUGUGGAUUUGGGACUAAAAGAGGGCAGCUGUGCCUUAGGCGAUGUGGUGUACUUACAUGGAGACCAGUUCCCGGGUACAAACCCUUGUGAACACUGUGCGUGCACAGGAGGAGAAGUGCGCUGCGAGAAGCAGCGUUGUGAACCGCGCCCUGGCUGCAAAGCAGUUCAUCGCCCCGACCAUUGUUGCCCCACCUACCAGUGCGAGUGUGAACAAGAAGGACACGUGUAUGGUAACGGCGAAAAGCUCGUCGACCCGCAGGACCCAUGCCGUGUGUGUUACUGCCAGGGCGGAGAGGUGGUUUGUCGCCGCAUCGCUUGUUUCGUUCGGGACGAUUGCCAGCCGCGUCUUGUCCAAGGCCGAUGCUGCCCAGAAUACGACAAUUGCCCUCUCAGAGGUGUGACAUCAGUACACGGAGUGACGCAAGUUUCGACCACUUUGCCGCCGAAACUGAACACGAGUGCUGUGCUCCCUCCUCCCGGACCUAUCAAACCAGGUUUCACAAUCAAGGAGAUCACCCCGGUCUCGGAAAUUCCAGUUACGGACGUUAAAGUAAAAGAGAUAUUACCUUCACCGAAUAUGGAUGUCGAUGAAUAUUCUUCCUCCAAAUCUCCAUUGAUUCCACGUGAAGUUACUUCCGAGACAAGCUCAAUUGUUGAUGCAAACGUUAAGGCAAAACUUCCCGUAAACAUUGAAAAGCCCGAACAAAAGCCUUCACAUGAAGAGAUUGUACCUAAUAAUGACAACGGUGACUCGACGCCAUCGAAAAUAAGUUUCUCCACACAAGAUUCAAUUAACAGUGAAAUUUAUCCUUCAAAUAUUCCCUCCCUAAUACUUAUGGGCCCUCCCUCUGAAUCCAUUUCUUUAAACUCUCUGUCCACAAAGAGUCCCGCUCUUGAAGAAGAAGAUUCUUCAUUAUUUGAUCACAACCCCGCAUUUCCACCAAUACCUGACGAUCUUUCUGUGCCUGGUAAUCAUGAAGAUGAAAUUCUUCCGGAACAACAUUUUGACAACGAUCAAAUAUCUGGUAUUAGUGAUGUAAUGGUAACAAAUGACAGAAUAAUAACAGAUGCUCCAAUUGUUAGAGAAUCACCGACAAGUAUCUUGUAUAUGCCAAAGGAACUCGGUGUAACCACUGAUAAUUUAAUAGGUACAGAUAUUUCAUCCGAAAAAAAAAAUAACAAAAUGGAACUUUCAAGUACUGAUUCUUUGACAACAAAAGAAAAUCCUAUGCUAAAUCUCAGAUCGGUAUUGCCUACUCAAAUCCUUAAUAUCCCUUCGUUUAUUACCGACGAAACCACUGAUGAUAUUGACACCACUACUGAUGACUCUGAACUACAAUCAUCAUCUGAAAAGGGCGUGGAAAUAGUUAAUGAUGAUGGUUUAGAUCACCAAAGUAGUGGCAAUGAAACUGAUUCAGACUUUCAAACACCAAAAUCUAAAGAAUUUUUUUCCAGUUAUGAAUCUAGUACUGAAAUAUAUAUAGGUAACCAACCGAGCUCUAUAUUAAUCGAAACGAGUGAUCAAAAUCCUCAUGAUGAGUCUGAUAAUAUUUCGGAUAGUAUCUUGGCCUCGUCGACGCUACGCGCAUUGAACGCGGAAACAGAAUCUGAUAUUACAACUCUUUCUAGAAUGGAACCUGGUAAAGAAGCUUCAUUUGAAAAUAUUGAAACAACAGAAUUUAUGUUUACAUCUUUCGGUUCUCAAGAGAGCGCGACUGAGGCGGUAGAGCUAAUGAAAAUGGCGACUGACACAGACAGAAGCUCCGCGCUCAUUAAACCAUCUCAAGAAAGAAACAUUAACGUGCUAACGGACUUAAUCAAUCUAGUUGGUGAUGUGGCAUCCAUUAGUGACCAUACCGAUAAUCCCACAAAGUCAGUGGGUGGCUCGACAACAAUUUCAGAUUCUGAAGAACUGAUUCCAGUUAACCUUGGGUAUAAGAGUAAAAACAGCAAUUGGAAUUUGAAUUCAAUUACUGAAAUUCCACAUAAAAGCAAAAAUGUGCAGACUUCUAAGACGAAAAACGUAGAAAUCGAAGACGAUGACGAAAUUGAAAAUAUUACCGAUUCUCCGCCACCGAACGAUAAAAUUGAACCUACAACUAAACGACCCGUCAUAGAUGACGUGUCUGAUGGUAAACAACAAAACAUUAGCGGCUCUGUGGAGAAUAAAGAUAUUGAAAUUAUUACUCAGGCGUACGUGCCAACUUUUAACAAACGUCCUACCAAAGUAGUAAUGGGCAAUUCUAGUGAAGCUCUUUCAGGUUCUCAACUAACAGACAGCGGCAAAGCAACAUUCGAUACCUCCGAUGAAGAAAAAGACUCAAAGCAUUUAAUCUUGACCUCGAGUCACCGAGAUGCCGCGUUACCGCCGUCCGUGGAAGAGACCGAGCGGCCUCUCGACGGCGGAAGCCUCGCUCAGUGAGGAGCUCGGAUAGAAUCCUCGGAAAAAUCAACUACACGAUUACUGUUUCUAAUCGAAACGAAAUAUUUCAGAGACUAUUAGUUUUACGGAUUUAUUUGAAUUGUCAAUUGUGAGCGUAGAAUAACUAUUUAUAACUAAGUAGCCACCGAGAGCUGGUUGAAUUUAUAUUGUAUUAGUUGGACAAAUUAUUUAUAAAGAUAGAUUAAUGACGCAGGCGUCGCGUCUCGUGUUUAAGUUAUUUAUUUUAGUGAGAAACGUGAAUCGAUUAACUAAGCUAGUCAUUAUGUGACGCCGGGAGGCGCCACGUUGCCAUUCCCGCUAGCUAUCGAGCCGGCACCGGCGUACGUUCCAUUUCCUAUAACCGAUAUUAUCGAGUGAGACGCUGUCGUGUGUCGUGACGUCAAAGUACCGACCCAUAAUAGUACAUAGCCGUAGUUCCUCUAGGAUAAAUAAUGAUUAAACCUCUUAGCCAAUCCGUGACCAAUUGCAACAAAGUGUAAAACAAACUUUUGUACAAACAAUAGUUAAGUGUGAAGGACUUAUGAAUAAUUCUAGACUUGUAUCGCACAACGUGUCUACUAUUGCACAAAGUAUGGAUAUUCUGAUCUUUGUUAAAUCAAAUAUUUACUUAUUAUUUUACAUACAUUUUAGUAUUUCAGUGCGCUUCUAUUGCGUAAACAGAGAGCUCAAUAUAUCAAAAACUUUAUACUAUCACUUUUUUAGUUUAUCUGAAGCGUUUAGGGGCCCAACUCUAGCUUGGCCCUCGAUGCUGACCGGUUUCUCUUUCCUAAUAUACACGAGCAUUUGGAUCGCCCUGGCUGAGUAGAGUCGCCCGAUCUGCCUUCUUGCCCCGGAAGACCGCGCCUUUUCCGAGGCAAUAAGCGUAAGAGCUCUUUGUAAUGUGUAUUCCAUAUUCUCAUUGGUUUUUACAAAUAAAACAAAUUAGACUGA